GGGUGCUGCCCCUGCUCCAUCAUCACCGAACAAGUGGAGAAAUCAUGAAUCAUCGGUGAAGGCCUGAAAACCGCGACCGUUUCUGUCAGCCGGCGUUUACCUGUUGUGUCUGCACUCCUCGGCAGUUUAGACAAAUCUACUUUAACCCGAGGGGAAGCUCCAGCGGUGUCCGUGGAGCCGGUGCAGAGGCGGAGGACGGCUUUCUGUGGAUUUCACGGUUAACUGGCCCAAAGUGACCGAGCUCCGGUAAACUUGGAACACUUUUUUUUUUGUUGUUGUGAAAGAUGGCUGACAACGGAGCGCACCCGGCGGAGGAGGACCCGGCGGCGGCUUUCCUGGCUCAACAGGAGAGCGAGAUAGCGGGGAUAGAGAACGACGGAGACGGUUUCGGAGCUCUGGAGGGGUCGGACGAUCCGCCGCCGUCCGAGCCGCAGACCUCCAACUACGACUGUUUCGAAGAGGAGCCUGCCACAGUGAACGGGGACCUGUUCCCGGAAUCCAAUGGACCAACAGACAACUAUGCAGCCAUCGCCCAGGUGGACAUUCAGAGGCAAGAGCCAGAAAGUUUACGCAAAUGGAGAGAGGAGCAGAAGGAGCGCCUGGAAGCACUGGACUCAGCCUCCAAGGCGGCAGAGGCAGAGUGGCGAGAGAAGGCCAAGAAGGAGCUGGAGGACUGGCACGUGCACCAGAGCGAGCAGAUGGAGAAAAACAAGGCCAACAACAGGAUUGCUGACAAGGCUUUCUACAAACAGCCCAACUCUGAUGUGAUAGGCUUGGUAGCGUCCGAGGAGGCCUUCCUGGCGGAGAGCGACGGCGACAGCCCGGGGACCGAGUGGGAGAGAGUAGCCCGCCUGUGCGACUUCAAUCCAAAAACCAACAAGCAGGCGAAGGACGUGUCUCGAAUGCGCUCCGUCCUCAUCUCCCUCAAACAGACGCCUCUGGUCCGCUAGAGGGACGGGCUUCCCUGCGCUCCACAAACAUUGCCUUUUAAUCUCACAUUGCAUUUGAAGGAUUUGUAUUCCCUUUUCAAUAGAAGAAACAAACAAACCCCAGUAUGUUUAUAACCUUUAAACACUUCCUGCCUUCUGGAUUCUGUGUAAAAAUAUAAACGCGAGGCUCCCGUGAGACGAGGGGCUGCUCUGUUACAGCUGCUCUCUUUCAUCACUACUACACUUAAGGAAAUAAUGUUACUGUAAGUUAAGCAUUUUCCUUUCCCCUUUAACUUAUUAAGAUUCACUCGACUGCAUGCCUCCGUCAACAGUUUUGGUUUUUUUGUUUGGGUUUUGGUCAAACGCGUCCUGAUUAAGUACUGUUACAGAUUAGAUUGUAACCACUUCUGCCUCUCAUCAGUGGGAAAAACACCGCUGUCUGUUGCAUUUUAUCCCAUUUUAUCAUGUUUUAACGUAGCUCUCACACACACAAGCCUGUGGCCUUUCUCAUCUAGCUCUUACUCCCAUUUUUUUCUAGUGUGUAGCCAGAUGAAUUUAAUCUUCAAUUUGGCUCAAUUUGAGAAUCACAGAACUCACAACCAAAGAUUUUCUGCUCUCAUCUAAAUUUCCAGACUUCACUGUGCGGCUUCUGUCUCAUCUCACUCCUUUUUUUUUUACCUUUUGUGUCACAUCAACACAUAUUCAACUUAAAAAAAAAAACAAAGGAGAGACAAAAGUCACAAAUAAGUUUGUUUCAGCAGUGAUGUCUGCACAUUGUUUCACGUGUUGCCUAUUUGGACAUUAUGAAUAUUGAAAAAGUGAAUGUUGAAAGGGAAACUGGAAAAAUAACAAUAAA